AUGUUAAUUGUUAGAAAAAAAUUUGUUUGUCAUCAUAGUACUUUCCAAAAAGUGUCUAGGGAAGAAAAUAAAAAAGGUAAUUCUAAAAAUGCUAACUGUUCUGCAACUAUUACUUGUGUUAUAAAGCUUGAUACGUUAGCAACUAGAAAAUCAGACACUUUUAUAAAGAAUGGACUUCGUGGAAUUAUAACUAUAAAUAAUAAACACACCCAUAGUUUAGAUACUGCUGAAACUUUAAGAUUUAUACCAGCAGACUUAAAAUUAAAAAAUACAUUUUUUGAGUACUUCAGUUCCAAUAUGGGAAUUUCUGAAGCUCUUAAGUAUCAUGAGGAUAUUUUGGAGUUAAAAGAUAAUUUUUCAUUGGAAGACUUAGCAAAUGGAGCUAUUAAUCCAACAUAUAGAACAGUUCAGUAUUGGCAUGAUGAAUGGAGAAUUAAGAACUUGGGUCCACGUUCUGGAAUUGGAAUGAUUGAAAAAUUAAAAGAAAAAUUGAAUAUAUAUUCAGAACAAAAUGUAAUUGUCAAAUUUGUUGAAGAUCCAUUUGCUCUUCUUAUUGUUACUCCUCUUAUGCAAAGAGCUCAUGAAUUAAAAUCUUCAAGUGGUAUAGUAUUUGUUGAUAGCACUAGUGCAUGUGACGCUGAAAACCAUUCAAUAACCUUUAUAUUAACUCCAUGUGCAGCAGGAGCGGUACCAUUAGCAAUUAUAAUUACAAAAGGUCAAUCUUUUUUAGCAUAUAGUACGGGAUUUAAUUUGCUUAGAGAGUGUGGUUUAAAAUGUUUUGGUGGCAUAGCCUGGCCUAAAAUUUUUGUUACUGAUAAUGCUCAAGCAGAAAUAAAUGCAAUUAAAAAUACUUGGCCUGAAAGUGAUCACUUGUUAUGUAUAUUUCAUGUUUGUCAGGCAGUUUGGCGUUGGCUUUGGGAUUCCAAAAAUAAUAUUCCUCAAAAUAAGCGACCAAUAUUAAUGAAACAUUUUCAAAAUAUUUUGUAUGCAGAUACAGUAAAACUUGCUGAAUAUAAUUUUAAUAGUGCCAUAAACAGUUCAGAAUAUCCAAAAUGGACUAAAUACAUUACAGACCAAUUUGAUGGUCGUCAAAAAUGGUGUUUGGCUUGGAGGAAUGAGUCUAAUAGAGGUCAUCAUACAAACAAUUACUCUGAGAUUACAGUACGCAUAUUUAAGGAUACAGUACUCUCAAGAGUUAAAGCCUAUAAUGUUAUUGCAUUAUUAGAUUUCACUUGCACUGUGUUGGAAGAACAUUACGGUAGGCGACUAAUGACAUUUGCCAAUUGUAGAAAUCCAAAAAAUAGAGAAGCAAGAAUUUUCUUGGACACAUUAAUUAAGAAGGCAAAUUAUGUGAAAAAAAAUCAAAUUAUUCAUAGCGCACAAAAUAAUUAUAUUGUUCCAAGUGAAAAAAAUCCUUUAAGUACUUAUGAUGUUAAUUUAGAAGCUGGUUGUUGUUCAUGUUCAAUUGGGAAGUAUGGUAAAUUUUGCAAACAUCAAUGUGCAGUAUAUAUACAUUAUGAUGAAAUGUCAAACAAUUUCCCUCCUGUUACUCCUCAAGAUAGACAUGAAAUUGCUAUGCUAGCAUCAGGAGAUAAAUCUCUAAAAAUUGAUUUUUUUCAACCAUUUUAUGUAGAGAACUAUAAUAUUGCUCAGACUGUAGUGAUCCCUGAUGAUGAAAGAAUAUAA